AUGGCGACUGGUCCGAAUAUACAACUGGAAACUCUGAGGAGAAAUCAGUCAUGCCAAUUCGAUACCAGGUUUCUAGCUUUCCGUAUCCUUGCAUCUCUCAAGGAGUCUCAGGCGCUUUGGGAAGAUAUUACGCCGAGGCCUCAUCUUGUGUCGAUGUCAUGUUGGUAUAUGCAGGCUGCUAUAUCACUUUGCAGGUUCGCCUCAGAGUAUGACGCAUUGACACUGAUGUCAGCUACCAGCUUUCUGCAGGAGAAGGGCCUCAUCUUUGCUGAAGGGGGGCACCGUGAAGGUCGGACAAGAGUGGACGAGUUCUUCCGUUUAGAUCCCGGCCAGCUAAAUUUACACAUACUUCAGAAGACUCUUGGCUUUAAAGUAGUGUGGACUGACAUCUUGGGGUCACAUUUGGAUGUCGAUAUCAGUACUUCUACACUCUUCCUUUUCAGGCAAGCUACAUUGUGCAUCCGAGAGGCGGCGGAUAAUGCUGAUGACACCACAUUGAUACGGAGCUGCCUGGAUGAAGAAAUCAUGGGCCGAGAUGAAUUGAGAGAGUUAAUGAGGGAAAUCUUGCUGUCACUUCACAUUCUCUAUGGGCAAACUGCACAUUCAAGAGGGCAUUUCAACGAAGAUGAGGCAUUUAAAAAUGUGUCGCAAACGUGGCGAGAUAGCAUGCUUAAGAAGGUGUGUUGUGAGCCCUGGGCAUUUGAGGGUUUCGACCAACAGCCUAAGCGGAUUUACAAUCUUCAAUCCGACUUUCCGCUUCUGGGCUCAAAGUUGCGAUUCUUAGCGCUGGAGAUCCAGUCACAAGAACCAAAAAGCCUGCGACAACUUUGGAAGGAUAAGCGCAAUACCCUGCAGUGGUGGACGUUUUGGGCUGUGAUUAUGUUUGGAGGGGUCGCAACUCUUCUGUCAUUGAUCCAAACAAUCUUGGCUGGGCUGCAAUUGAGGGAUGCUGUCUCAAAAGAACGGGAGCCGAGUCACGGGAUCGUUUCCGGCUAUGACAAGUCCUACAUAGGUGUAUUGAAUGAUAUCGGGCAGCUGCUGUCCAACAUCAACCGAAACAAGUCUUGUUGGCAUGAUGCAGGCUCCAGCCUGAUUGAGUACAUCGGUACAUCAUACCCUGGCGCAAAAUUCAACAUGGGUCAAGAUGAGGUCAGAAUGACAGAUACGAAGGAGCCUUCUACCCGUGAAGGUUCUUCAACUAAGCAGCAACCCUGGCGGGAAUUGUAUUCUUGUCUUGAGGAGACACUUGCCAAGCAUGGAUCGUUCCACACGGAAACACCAGGAAAGAUCCCCGACGAGUGGAACGAUCUGGAGCGGGGUCGCCUACCUGCAAAUCACACGGAGCUACUGUCUAAGUUGGUUGGGGAGAAAUUCGACGAGAAGCCGUGGUACAAACAAGAAGAAGGGGGUAAACGUUCUCGAAACAUCCAAACAUCGAAGAUGGUAAUUGACCACAGCCUUGCUUCGUUUUGCAACCCCACAUCCACAACACAUGAAGUUCCGGACAAAGUAAAAAAGGAGGCUGAAGCAAGUUGGCAGAAACGUCCAAAAACGACAAGGACUGUGAGAUUUCUCUCAAGGCAUCCAAAAUAUGAAACUGAGAAACCAUUCAUCCUAAGUAUUCCCCUGCCAAAAGAUCAGCCAAAGUCGAAUGCGAUCUAUGAAAAGCAUGACAUCGAGAUCGGCGAUGCAAGGGGUGAUGAGAUCCACUUCUCCCUCGAUCUACAAGGUUUUGCGUUUCUCGAUAUUUCGUCACAUCAAUCUGCAGUAUCGAGUAAGAAGGCAAUCGAAGGAGAUUACUUACCUCAAAUGGAAGAAUUUCUAAAGGAAUAUUUGAAAGCCAAACGAGUGAUUGCUUUCGAUCAUGUGUCUAAUGAGAUAAUACAGCUCCGUCAAGUCAAACCACUUGGCAUGCCACACCUCAGGGAGGACAAGAGACCUCCAGCUAGGAAUGCACAUACUGAUCAGACCCCGGAGUCUGCUAUGAGUCGACUGCAACUGUACUUCAAAAAUGAAACAAGUGGUAUUGUCGAAGAUAGAGUUCGCUUUCUCAACAUUUGGCGUCCCUUGAUUGAACCUCUUGAAGACACUCCUCUUGCUGUUCUUGAUGCUCGAACACUAUGUACUGAAGACUUGGUUGCUCAAGAUAUGGUCUAUUCCCAUUACUUGGGCGAGAACUACCAGGUCAGAUUCAAUCCAAACCAACGAUGGUACUAUUGGAGUCGGAUGAAGAGAAACGAGUGUAUCUUGAUCAAAAACUAUGACUCUCGAAUGGAUGGUAUCGCACGAGGUACCGCACCUUCCUACUCACCACUAUUCUUUCAGUCCUAA